CACCUAUCACCGUAAAACCUCAGCCGGUGUGUCUUGGGUCAAAGGGGAAAGUAACGAAAUAUCUUCUUUGCGGCAAGUGGGAAAUUCGCUGCUCUCGGUGAUUGGAAAGAAUCCACAACUUGUGUCAGCCUGUGUCUGAGCAAAUCUUGAUCAACCAAGUUCUUUUGGAAAGCGCUUCACGCCUCCAACUUGGUGGGCGAGAGAGAUAAGGGUGCGACCGCGAAAGUUUGUAAAAGUUAGUAGUCUCUUGGCCUGCCGUUCUUCUACACUUUGCGUUGUACACACGACUUCACCAGCAACAACCCAUCAUGUCAGAUAGUAAAAUCAGUGGCAAUGGAGAUGCUUCAGGGUCUCCGAAGCUCAUGUGGAGUCCCGAUCCGCAACAAACUACAAAAAUGGAUGAACUGCGGAAGAUAAUCAAUGAAAAGUACAAUGUAAAUCUGAAGAAUUACAAAGAAUUUCACAGAUGGUCGUGUGACAACUACCCUGAGUUUUGGGAAGAAGUUUGGAAGUUUACAGAUGUCAUUCACUCUAAAAGUUAUGAUGAGGUUAUUGAUCGGAAGAAGACAAUCGCUGAUAUUCCAGAAUGGUUCCAUGGCACCCGACUAAAUUUUGCAGAGAAUCUACUCAGAUAUGAUGAUGACAGAACAGCCAUUUAUGCCUCAGGAGAGGGCCAGACAGAGGUGAGGCGGAAAACUUUCCGAGAACUGCGACAGUCAGUGGCUCAGUAUGCAGCUGCUAUGAGAAGGUUUGGGGUACAGAAGGGAGACAGAGUUGUAGGCUACAUUCCCAAUUGUGUAGAAGCUGUGGAGGCAAUGCUGGCAGCUUCAAGCAUAGGUGCUAUCUGGAGCUCCACAUCACCAGAUUUUGGAGUUGUGGGAGUUUUGGAACGGUUUACGCAGAUUCAGCCCAAGAUUAUUUUCAGUGUCAACGCGGUGCAUUACAACGGGAAAGUUCACAGUCACAUGGACAAGUUGCAACAAGUUGUCAAAGGUUUACCAGACUUGGAGAAAGUUGUGUUGAUUCCUUUUGUGAAGGACUUUAAAACUGAUGUGUCCUCCAUUCCCCUUGGCAUCGCAUUGGAAGAAUUCCUCCAGGGCGGAGCGAAGGAUGGCAAAGUGCCAGAGCUGUCCUUUGAGCAGGUUCCCUUCAACUACCCACUGUACAUCAUGUACUCGUCCGGUACCACAGGGGUGCCCAAGUGUAUGGUGCAUUCAGUCGGGGGCACGUUGAUGAAACACUUGGAGGAACACAUUAUCCAAGGAAACAUGGACAGGAGUGACAUCAUGCUGUACUACACAACGGCUGGCUGGAUGAUGUGGAACUGGAUGGUGUCUGUGCUGGCUGUAGGGGCUGCCAUAGUUUUGUACGAUGGAUCGCCGCUCAUACCCCACGUCAAUGUUUUGUGGGACCUCAUAGACACCGUUGGGGUGACCGUUCUAGGGACCGGAGCAAAAUGGCUGUCUGUAUUAGAAGACAAAGGUGUUAAACCAGGAAGCACACACAGUCUGAAAACCCUCAGAGCUAUCCUGUCUACGGGCUCCCCUCUGAAGCCACAGAGUUAUGACUAUGUUUACCGGGACAUCAAGUCGGAUCUGCUGCUGGGAUCUAUAUCAGGAGGGACAGACAUCAUCGCCUGCUUCAUGGGUCACAACGUCACAGUGCCGGUGUACCGGGGCGAGAUACAGUCUCUGCUGCUGGGCUGUGACAUGCAGAGCUGGGACGAGAACGGCAAGCCUGUGUACAAUGAGAGUGGCGAGCUGGUGUGCCUUGUUCCCUUCCCCUCCAUGCCCGUCUACUUCUGGAACGACAAGGACGGAGCCAAGUACAAGAAGGCCUACUUCAAUAAAUAUGACGGUGUGUGGGCCCAUGGUGACUUCUGUGCCAUCAACAACGAGACGGGUGGCGUGAUCAUGCUGGGGCGAAGUGAUGGCACGUUGAAUCCGAAUGGUGUGAGAUUUGGCAGUGCUGAAGUCUACCAUGUUGUGGAGAGCUUCAAGGAGAUUCAGGACAGCGUGUGCGUGAGCCAGCGGAGCAAGGACGGCAUCGAAGAACGAGUCAUCCUCUUCCUCAAGAUGGCGCCGGGCAGUGAGUUUGGCGCUGCUGUAGUCAACAGCAUCAAGACACACAUACGCACCUACCUGUCAGCCCGUCAUGUGCCGGCGGUCAUAAUGCCUAUUGCUGAUAUUCCUUACACCAUCAGUGGCAAGAAGGUGGAGGUGGCUGUGAAGCAGGCCGUGGCGGGGAAGGACGUCCCUCAGCGAGGGGCUCUGGCCAACCCCAGCAGCAUAGACCUGUACUACAACAUCCCUGAGCUGCAGGACUUUUAGAGGGGAUUAUAAGGGUUAUUCUGUCCUCGUCGUUUUAUGUAAGAAAAAUUCAGAAAUUUUGCAAACUGAGCCCAAAAAUGUUAAAUUAUGCGAUUCUGUUAAUUUUAACAAAGAAUGAUUUAGGAAAAUAAUUAGAAAUUAUGCAAAAAAUGAUCAAAUUUUGCUAUAUUAUGCGGGGUGUAUAAAACCACGGGGACAGGUUGUUUUGAGGGGAGGGAGAAUUUGGAGGAAUGGAAAGAAGAGAGCUUGUUUUAAGGGAAUGAUAAGGGGGGGGGGGAGAGGAGGAGGUGGAGGAGGAGGUAACUUGUUGUGAGGGAAUGAGGAGGGGGAAGAAGAGGGCUUGUCUUUAGGGAAUGAUGAGGGAGACGGAGUUGAGAGAGGAAGAACUUCACAUUUUAUCUUACCAUUUUCUUCUAAUAACAUUAGGCCCCAUAUUUUGGUAAACUGAGAGGAGAAGUAGGAGAAGAAAAAGCAGACGAUGAUGUCAUGCCCUAUUAUAACAUGUCUUCGCAAACAAAGGGGAGGAGGGGGUCCUUCACUGUUCAUUAUACCCUUUUCUGCUUGUAAAACUAAUUUUUGUAAACUAAGGAGAGAGAAGAAGAAGAAGAAGAAGAUAAUGAAGAACAAGAACACCUUCACUUUUUGCCAUAUCCUAUUAUAACACAUCCUAGCAAACACAGAGGAGGGGAAAGAAGAGGAAGAAAAACAACAAAAUAAAAGAGUAAGAGGAAGAAGGGGAAGAACUUCAUGUUUCGUCCCGCCCUUCUCUUGUCAGUGUGGCAGUUUUUGUGUGACACUUGCUUUCAAGAAAUUUAUUAUUUUCGAUACCUAAUUCCUGUUAUUGUCAUGAUUUCUCCAUUGGCUACAAUUCAGCAAUAGCACAGCAGUGUUCUUUUUUUCUCCUGCCAUUGAUGUUCAAGGAUCCAAUGCAUUGGGAACAAAAAAGUUUAAAGAUUCACUCGUAUCUUUUUAUUGUAAUUGAGAGAGUAUUGGAUGAAGUCUUUAAGUAUUUGGAGGACUGUGAAAGCUUGGAUGUUGUGCUUCUGAAUUUGUAACUUUAUGUGACUCGUUUUAUUUAGAACUGAGGGUAGCAGCUUGAAUGUAUUUAUGAAUAAGUAACUUCUUGUGAUCAGUGGGUUUAUAUAAAACUGAUGGUGUUUCAAAUAUUUCUGUGAUCUCUUGUUAACUUACAGCCCUAUUCUUUGUACCUUUUUUUGACACUUUGUGGUCUCUAAAAUUGGAGAAAGAAAAGAAGAAGAACCUACCAGUGGAGCCCUAAAGCCACCCACUGGGAAGUUUUGAGAAAGUCUUUAUUGCUCUUCUGUGUGACUUUGUCAAAUUCUGCAUCAAAUCGUCGACCAACUCUUCAGUUGUACUAAGCCCCAAAUUUGUAAAAAAAAUUGUUUAAAUUGCAGUUUCUUAAUUUUAGAUAUGAGUUGCACGUGUAAAAGAUUUAUUAUCGAAAUUCAAAUUCUGAAUAAUGGAAAAAGAAAGAAAAUAUACAUAAUGUAUGCAGUUGUUUCUCUCCUGAAAACUUUUGCUUUCUGGGCUCAGAACAGCUGGACAGCUUGUUGACGAAAUGCUUCUCUCUGAGAUUCUUGUGAGUACUCCUUAUCACGGUGCCAUGUAUUUAUGUGAUGGAAACUUGGUUUUUUGUUUUUACUUUUGUUUUGUUAAGAGUUUUGUGAACAGCUUGACCAGACCAGAUGAACAUUGCAUAGAAUUGUGUGUGUUUGUCAUUUCAUAUUCUAUGAUAAACUUCUUGAUUUAUUGGGAGUUGUGUUAUUUAACACCUUACCCAAUAAGUCUGUGAAAUUGGAGUCGUAUUUCUCUUUUUUUUUUUCAGCAUUGCAUGCACGAGUAUAAUAUAAAUAUGCGUUUUUCAGUCUCUGUCGCUGCUGAAGUUUGGAUUCAUUUCAGUGGCCGUCCUCAGAUUUUUAUUUUUAACUAGGCAGAAAAGUCAUUUGUGUUUUGUCAAUACUGUUUUAUUUUGUUGUCGUUGUUUAUUAUUUCGUUUUGAUGUUUGCAACAUGUUUCUUGUUUGUGCCCUUACACAAAUGAACUGGCAUAUCUCUUUCUGUUGCAGAACAGAAAUUCUGCUCUUACUCUUAUUGUCAUGUUUAUUUUUACUUAUUGCUUUUACUUUUUACAUUUUCAUCUUCUCUUCUGUUGCCACUGAAUGUCGAGGGGCGGUGCAGUUUUCUAUGAUAGGCCAACUCUGCAACUCUUUCAGUUGAGAAGUUGUCAUUUCUCAGGGUUCCUUUGACUCCCUCAGCCACGUUUUGCGUGGUCUACCUCAUCCUUUGUAGUCUGUGUACUUGGCGUAAUAGGAUCUCCUGGCUGACUGACGAGGUUGUAUUUGUAACAGGAGUUUUACUGAUCAUUGAAUUGAAAUUGCCCUAAUGGAGCCUGUCGCUGUAUUAAAACUUUAAACUUUUUGAUAUCUUUUAUCUCUGCUGACAUGAUACUAUGAGUGGGUCAGUGAUUGAGAAAAGUUUUGGAUUGAAGGUUUAUGCAGCUAUUCACGCAGUGGGAAACUUUGUGGUUGCUUUCAUAUUUCUCAACAUCAACUCGGUGAUCAUGCAGUCUCUUCUAUUGAAAAACGGUGUGUCUACCAGGUGACCUCUUUAGCAUCAGCUUGGCUAAAUUAUAAUAAUUAAGAUGAAAAGUCCUAGAAUUGAAAGAUAAAAACUUUGUGUGUGUGUGUGUCUAUGUGUGACAUGUGUUUUUUUAAAUUGACAGAUAGAUAUUUAAGAAGUAGACAUUUUUUUGUGAGGUUCGCUUAUGAAUGUGGUUACUCUAGUACAGAAUGAGUUGAACGUUUGCUACGGAUUAACUUCAGGCGCAGCUAUAUUAUGUUGUUUGUAUCACGGCGUGCACUAUUCUUUAUGAUCAGGGAGAUACUUUUUGUGCCAUAUUGGUGGCAUUGAGCUCAAAGUGCCAGGUCUGAAUUUGUCAAAAACACUUUUUGAAUGCAGGGUAACACAAAUACUGUGCUCUACCUCAUUAACACAAGUGUGUCUAUCAGUGAAGUGAAAGACAGUGUUAAGAAAAUAGCUCUGAAAUUCCCCACGUAAUUAGAGCCCAACUCACAAUCAGUUGAUAAUAAUAAUAAAUUUCAUUUAUAUUGCCCAUUUUUAUCUUGACAAGCUGCUCAGUAGGUAUCACAAUAAGCCAUCACAGGUUGUCAAAUCACAUGGACAACUGAGAAAGAAUCAGAUGCUUUUUUCUAGCUCCGUAAGAAAUCAAUUUUCCUGACAUGGCUGCUUUAUCCUGACAUGGCUGCUUUAUAAGGCUUGAUGCUACUAGUGUGUGCACAAAUAUGUCUUUGCUCAUUCUGUAUUAUAAGGUCAUGUUUUAUUUUGUUGCUACUAACAUUAUUAUUAUUAUUAUUAUUAUUGCUUUCAAUUAGAUUACUUUGCUUAAAUCUAGAUUGAGCCCCAUUUUUUAUGGACGUAUUGUGUGUUUAGGCUGUAUCAUCUUUUUGUACAGUUAAUUUCUUUGGUGACACUGUGUUGGUUUAAAUGAUACGUCUGUAUAUUUUUUGAUAAGAUGGUUCGAUAUGUGCAUUGUACGAGGUUGUGACAAAUUGAACCUCUCUUACUGAUAGACUUAUUAGAUUGAGCUGUGAUCACCAUAUAAUUUUUUUAUAGAAAAUGAGAAGUUGAUAUUGGGUAGUAUAUUUUGAUAUUAUUCUUUAUAUGCAAAAGCUGAGCUGUGCUGCGUAUAGAAUAGUGGUUGAGAUAGGAUUACAUGUUAAUUGGAGUAGGGUUUAAUUUUUGCUCAACGCUGAUUUAAAUCAGUAUUAACCCUUCGUGGUCAAUGUUCUAAUAACGCGAAUUAAAAAAAAAAUGUGUUUGAAUUUUUCGUGAAGUUUCUAGUUUUGUUUUGUCAAUGAAGUUUUAAAUUCAGAUUGCGUUUUAGGUUUCAGAAUUUAUUCUCAGGAGCAUGACUUUGGGGGAAAUCUGCUCCUGGACAGAUUGUUUGUGGAUUGUAAAAUUGCCACUUGGGUCUUUGUUGACUGUUGUGUGAGUGUUCUGUGGUCUUCUUAUUCUUAUUUUCAGAGAAAAGGAUUGUAGUCUGAAACAUGAGCUAGGCUUUUGGAGCAUCAACAAUUUGCAUCGAUGUCUAAUUAGUUGAGGUGUUUGAGGAGGAUAUGUUAAUGCUAUUGCUGAUUUUGGUCCCGUUUGUUUAUUUGAGUAAAGUAAGGGAAGCACAUAACACAAUAAUGGUUGCUUAGUGUGGGGAAAAAAGUAAGAUUGAAACACAGAAACAACAGAGAGAAAGAAAAAAAAGUAAGACCUACUAGUGGCGCUCUCAACCACCCAAAACCCUUUAGUGAACAUGGUCCUUAUUGACUAUGUGUUGAUUGGUGUAACCUUCAUGGUUGUGAGCUUGCUAGACUUUUGUUUGAAUAUUGCUCGGUUAAAAAGAAUAUUCUAGCAAAAUCAAAAUAAGUUAAGCACUAAAUUCUUUAUGAUCCUAGGAGACCAACUUAAUAUGGACUGCUCAUGCAGUGUAAGACUCUGUCAUACGUCAUAAUGUCAUGUUUCAAAAUGGCCCAUUGUGGAGACUUACAAUAAGCAGUCGGUUUGUCCAACUUUCUAACAAUAGUUUUUAAUAACUUGUAUUGAGACCCUGUGUUUCAUGUAGGGAAUGCUAGAGAGGUGAGCAGAGUAAGCCCGAUUCCCUGUAAAGAUUUCUCUGUUGACAUCCACCCCUUGGUGCUCAUAUGACCUUAUGCAGUUGCGAGGGCCGUAAAAUCUUUACUGAAUAAAAUCAUAAUGUAGGGAAUGUGAACUUUCCAGAUCUUCUGCGGCCUCCAUUACGUAACAUUAGAUAAUAGAAUCUCAGUGUGGUUAUCUCUCUUUAAAAAAAAAAUUAAAGCAAAGAAUAAUCAACACUCCAGCCUAAAUGAAUUUAUAUUUUUUCGAAAAGUUAAUGCUCCAGCAUCAAUGUAUAAGUACAUCUUACUCUUGUGUUUAUGUAUAAGUAGGUUACAUUUUAGAAUACCAAAAUACUCCUUUUGCAAAGAUUAGGUUGUGUUGUUUUUUUUAAAGAAUCCUAGACUCAGUGUCACCUUUGUUAUAUUUUGAUUUUGUGUUGUGACUUGUUGUCUACUUGUUUAUAAGUGUUAGGAAAAAAUGUUUUUGUUGUUACUGUUCUGAACAGGUCAUGCAAGACUUUUUGAGGGUAAGCAUGUUUACUGUCUGGAGGGGAACAUUAAUUAGAUAUCAAAUUUGAUUAAAUAAAUAAGGUGAGUCGAUAGAAUUAGUUCCUCCUGUGAUACCAGCUUUCUUUUAAUGAACUACAGUGGAGUCCGCUUAUAAACCAAGCUCGGUUAUUCCAAAGAUAGCGGUAAAUUGAAAGAAAAAAGUCCCUGAUUUUUUUUCUUUGCUAUUUUAGCCAUCUCUCUAAACAGAAAACACAGCUAAACUGAAGGAAAUCAGACGUUCCUGCAGAUUUCAGUUUAAGUAGACUGCGUUGUACGUUGUGCUCAUCAUUGUGUUUGCAGACAGAAUUGUGUUCAUUUUUCUAUUGACUUUAGCAGAUUUAUUGAAGUUUGCAGGGCUCUGAAAGGAGUGGUUUGUUGUGAAAAUGACGUGAAGUGCAUACCGAGGGUGUUUUUAUGGUACUAUUGAAUGUUUUUGAGUGUUCAGUCAUAAGCCUGUUGAUUUCAGCAAAGAGUUAAAUGUACAGGUCUGUGCCUGGUAGGCAUAUUAUUCAUAAUAAUUAUGAGCAAUUUGCCUGUCAAGUGGAGAAUCACAUAUUGUUUUGCUAAAAGUGAAAAGUUGAAAAGUUGCGUUCAUGCGUAACAUGGAGAAAAGUAUGUGUUCACUGUCAACUUCCUGUAUGACGAGCUUGCAACCUCAAUUCUUCACUGUGUUCAUCAUGAAAACAUGUUUGUUUUUUUAAAAAUCGUUCAUGCUGUAGUAUUGGGAGUUUUGUGUGUUUUUCCUUAACUAUAAUCUGAAGGUUUGUGUGGGACUAUAUUUACGUCUUCCACUUUUAUUUCUCGGUGAAUGCUCUUGUGAUAUAUAUGUGAGGUGUGCUGACAAAAUGAGCUACUUCUCACAGUGGACAUAUUGACCGAAAAUAGAUGCAUGUGUCAAAUUUGUAGAAUUUUUAACUGAUGCCAUUUUCUUCAAUUUUAACAUAUCUUUUGUCAUUUCAUACUAACUUCACCUAUAAGUUGGAGGUAUCUGUGUCCAUAGGCCUUAGGGCUAAAAUCUGAGAAGCAACUCAUUUUGACGAGGGACCAGGCCUCACAUAUGUGUAUCUCUCCAUCACUGGUUCUCAGCAAUUUGCCCAAGGGCCUUUCAUUGUCUGAUUUUGCUUAUUUUAGAUGUUCACUUUUUAAAAAGAAUAAAUCGAUUGUUAUUUGUCGGAAAUAGAGACUGAAAAUAAUGUGGAAUAUAUUUGACCUGUCAUAUUUAUGAAAUAUAAAGUAUUUGUAUUCAAAACAAUAGGGAGUAAUAGUAAUAUUUAAUUCAUGUUCUGCAGAGAGGAAUAGCGAGCAAUAAUGGAGACAAAUAGCGGUAAAUAAUUCAUUCUAAAAUAUGUGUUUUAAGCCGUAAGUGUAAAAAAUUUAGAAUUUUGAAGGAAUAUCUUUUAAAAAAGUUCUACUGGAAAAAUCCUUCACAGCUACAUGAAAUUUGGAAGAAGCACCAGUUUAAGACUUAUUUUGUUGGAAGUUUGAUAGAUCUAGUUUCGACAGCAACUUGUAACUUGCCAACUGUUCUUUAAAUUUAAAAAAAGUUUUACUGGGUAUUUCAGAACCCGACAUGUCAGAGUUGGACAAAAACUAAGAUAAACCAUAAUUAUUUUUUUUAAAAUGGUCUGGUGGUUCAUUCCACUUCUAACAGACUGAAAACCACAACUGUAUUAUACCAGUGUCCGAUUCCCACCAUAAAUAUUUUUGAAACGAGGGUGGAGAUACAGGGCUUUUGCGUUGGACACUGAUGAUGCUGUUUUCAUAUGCCUUGGCGUAAAAACCACUUCUGUUCACUGUGAUGUGAUGGUCAUAACACAAUCGUCUUAGCAACUUCCUGUUGUUUUGAGCGACUUAAACAAAAGCCAAAAAAACCCCAGUGCUUACCGAAAAGUCUAUGUCAUGACAUGAGCAAAAUUGAAAAUAUCUCAGAACUUGUAUUUUUUAGUACACAAAGCAAAAGCCUGCUAUAUUGAGGAUACGAAACAAGAGUUAAAGUUUGAGAAAAAAGAAAAGCACAUUGACAUCAUAGUGGUUAUACAGCGCAGGGAAGAAGCAAGACAGACACAGCAGACGAGGAAAAAAGAAAUAGGACCUACUAAUAGCGCCUUUCAACCACACGUCUGUACGUAACAAGCCCAGGCUUUCUUUUUGGUACCUAAAACUAGAAAUGUGACAUAAAUGGCUUUGGCAGUUGUUUGUGUUGUGACUGUGACAAAAGGUGACGCCGUUAUAUCUCUCAGAGGACGCGCUCAAGUGGUUAUUUUGUUUUCAUUCAUAAAAGAUUUUGCUCUUUUCACUUUGUGGCGGCACAAAUGGACAAAGAUGAUCAUUUGUUCUGAACAUACAUGAUAAAUAAAAUAAAAAUAUACUGA